AUGUCAACAAUCAAGGCCCUUCUUUUACAUGAACAUUGGAACCAAUACAUUGAUGAGACUGUACAACUAAUUAUUGAUGAAUGGCCAUCAUCACACUCUGUUCGGAAAUCAAUGCUUUUGAAUGAUAAAACCCAACUGGAGCAGCACCACAACAAUUUUGUUCCAGUUAGUGUCAUACUCAUUGAAGAAUCGGAGAUGUCCUCAUCGACUUCCUCCAAAGUAGUUGCACACGCCAAACUCAUCCAAUCUCAACACAAUACGUUCAUCAUUGAAACAGUCGUAACAAGAAAAGACAAGAGAGGCUCGGGAUAUGGUCGCCGAGUCAUGGAAGAAUUAUAUAAUUAUGCCAAAACUCAUCUUCCUCAAGGCUCCAUACUCUAUCUCAGCACUAAAAUUACAACCUUCUAUGAAAAGUGUGGAUUUGAAAGAUGUGAGGCUCCCGAAUCUUUUGGUAAAGUGUGUUCCUCUCUCAAUACUCAACAAAUACAUUCCUUGUCUAAUAUGUUGGCAAAGAGAUUCCAACAGCCUCCUCCGACAUGCUCAAACUCCUCUUCUACCUCUUCCUCCGAGAUACCAUUGCCCACCUCUGAUCCAUCAAGAAUGACGAUCAAGGACACAACAACAUCAGAUGCCGAGAUGAAGGAUGUAACAUCAUCAACUACUUCUGAAACUACUACUCCAGCUAAUCCUCAGGAAGAGUUGGAAUUGGUGAUUCGUGGAGAGUUGAAGGACCAAUUGAAAAUGAUUGCCAAGUCUGUCCAACAAGAUGAUCUGGACAAUGACAGAAAACAAAUGAGAGCCUUCAGAUUGUUUUACAACAAAUUGAGAAGACAAAUCACGGAUAAGAUCCUUGUUGGAAUCUUGAAGGAAUUGAAAUGUGCUCACCUGGUUUCAUACAUUGAAGAAACUAUUGAAAUGCAAGACGAGGAACAAAAGCCAAUACCUGAGGCUGAAGUUUACUUGUGGCUUAUUACAAUCAUCUUUUUGACAGACAAAAAACAAUACAACAGAGCCUAUGCUUGCGCCUAUGAUUGCAUUAAAUAUCAGCAUGUAUUGGAAAAGCAGCAAAGAUCUCGCUCUAUGAAUUUCCUCUUCUCGAAAGUGUAUUUUUAUUUCUCUUUUAUUCAUGAAAAGUUGCACACUGUUUCUAACAAUGAAUUUAGAAAUAUUUUGCUUGGUAGAUUGCGUAGUUGCACUUUGGCACAUGACCAUUGGAGUCAGUUUGUCAUUUUGAAUUGUCUUUUGAGAUCAUAUUUGCAAGACAAGUUGGUGGAACAAGCAAACAAGCUGUUGAAGACUGUCUCUAUUGAUCAAACCAUUGGUCACGUGGACAAUAAUCAAUUGGCCAGAUAUUAUUACUACAAAGGAAGAAUUCAAGCUAUUCAAUUAGAUUAUUCCGAAGCUUACAAUUCUUUGCAAACAGCACUUCGUAAGGCACCAAGUGCUCAACCAAAUAAGCCAAAAACUCAAAAAGAAGGAACUGAGCAAUCUAAUUUGAGUAAGCGUAACGUAGGAAGAGGUUUCCGUAUUCAUGCCAACAAAUUACUGAUCGUUGUUAGCUUGUUGAUGGGUCACAUUCCUGAUCGUUCACUUUUUGUGAAUACUUUGGAGGCCACCAACGACAAUGUGACCUUGGCUCAACUUAAGCCAUACUAUGAACUUACCCAACAGGUGAGACUUGGUAAUGUGAAUGGAUUUGAAACUAUUGUUGAGAAGUACAGAGACCAAUAUAUUGCUGAUGACAACCUCACUCUCAUCAACCGCAUUAGGCAAAAUGUCAUUCGUACUGGUUUGAAGUCAAUCAUCAAGGCUUAUUCUAGAAUUUCUUUUGCUGAUGUCAGCAAAAAAUUGAAUUUAACUGAUACAGAUGUGAAUGAUGUUCAAGGUAUUGUUGCCAAGGCAAUUAAGGACGGUAUUAUUGAUGCCAAAAUUGAUGAGCAAGCUCAAAGUGUUGACACCGCCAAAAAUCAAGAUGUCUAUCAAACCAGUGAGCCUGCAGAAGAGUUUGACAAACGUAUUCAAUUCUGCUUGAGUUGCAGAAGUCAAUGUAUCAAGGCAAUGAGAUAUCGUGAAGAAAAGAAAAAGAAACCAACGGUAGACCAAGAUGAAUCUCUUCACUUGGAUGUUGAUGAGAUUGUCGACGAAGUUGAUGAUGAUAUUAUGGAAGAUUAA